AUGAAGCCUAUGCGUCUGUGUUGUCCCCUGUGGCGCGCUGUGCUCGCCCACCCCGCAGCGCAACACGCGGCGCCCCCGAUGCGUAUCUUCACGGCGACGGCGACAUUCACGUUCCUUCGAUCAAGCAACGCCGCCGCGACCACCGGCUCGCCGUUCCCCGCGCCGCUGCUUCAUCAGCGGCGCGCUGUUGGACAGUCCCCCACCCUACCCGGGACGCCGCCUUCCCUAUCAGAAAAAAGCCGUACGGCGGGCAGCAGCAGCAGCAGCAGUCCGAGCCCCGCUAAAGAAGGCCCGCCAUCACUGGAGCCCGUCAUAGUGGAGCUCAGAACCCUCGUCACACGCACGAUGCCAGUCGGGGAGCUGUUUCGUGCUCUGAGCCCCACCUCCCGAAAGAUUCUCGUAGCACAUCGUCUUCCCUUGGAGGAACUCCUCUUGCACCUCCCGAGCCACUUCCUGGUGUGCCGCCUCGGCGAAACGAAGACGUCGAGCUCUGCCAGGCUGCAUGUGAUGCCUCCAGCCUUCGCCAAGAGCAACAUGCGCAUUAUGCGACUUCCGCCAGGAGCGAAGCCGUUGCCGGCGCUGGAGCAGUGGCUGGGGCCGCAGAAAGCCAUAGAGGUGGCCAUGCUCAAUCCGAACGUGGUUGGCGGGUCGCCUCGCAUAGGAGCAGGCAGCGGCUUCGUUGACAGUACCACCACACUCAAGGAACGCUUGGAGGAGGUGCUGACGUACAUUCCCAAUGAGUGGGUGGCGUUCUCGAGUCUUAAUAUCUCCCGCGAUGUCAAGAUGCGGUGCAUGGGCUACCCACUCGUCCGACCAUGUGCCUUCCUGCUCAAGUACCCACAGUUCUUCGAGGUGCGCGUACAGGACUGUAACAGCAACUCCUUCCUGGUCCGGCGGGCGCUGUCGCUGCAGCAGCAGUUGAACAGAACCCGGAAGCCCUGA